AUGGCUAAGAAAAAGGAUUCUUCAUUUUCUGAUGCUGUAAAGGAAGUUGUAGAGCAGCAGCAAUCCCAAACAUCUGAAAUAGAGAAAAACAAAAAAGUUCUGCUCCAAUUGCAGAAUGAAGUCCGUGAGUUUGAGAAACAAAUAGGAUCUGUCAUAGCAGAGACCAAAGAAACAGAAAAGCAAGUUUAUCAGCAAGAAAGUGAAAUAGAAAAGACCAGGCUUCAUUGUGGAAGCCUAGAGACUCAAAUCAAAUCCUUACAUGCAGAAAAUGUAAAGCUCAAAUUUUCCAUAGAAACAGUACAAGAAGAGUUUGAAGAGCUCCUUAUAAGAAAUAAUGCAUAUGAUGAGAAAAUAAGAAUAUAUAAAGAAGGUAUUGCUGAGGCAGAAAAUACAUGGCCAUUUAUGAUUGAACUCCAUCAAAAAAAAGAACAAAUUAAAAAAUUGAUGACAAAGAAAAAGGAACUGAUCCAUGAUCUCCAAAAUCCAGAAGGAAACAUGAUAAAACAAGCACAGGAAGAAAUUAUGAAUCUAAAAGAUAAAAUUGUAACCAUAAAGGCGUCUAUCUCCACAAAAACUAAUUUGCUUGAGGAAGAGAAAAAGGUACAUGAAAAACUGAUAAAAGAAAUAGAGGUACAAAAUAAAAGGUAUGGUGCUAUUUUAAAGCGCCUACACUGUCAGGUGAACAAGCUUCAGGCAAACAGAAGACAAUGGCAGUGGAAUAUUCAACAGAUGGAAAAAACUGCAGAAGAACUAAGGAGAUGCAUAGGCAUGAGAGAAUAAAACAGUAGUCUGGCAAAAUCGAGAGUGCGGGUGACAGGGUAUGUCGUCUUUGCAUUCAGUAAA